UUCAUGUUUUCCAUCCAGGACGGUCUCCCGCGGGGAGCGCUCACCAUGAAGGAGGAACCGCUCGCCAGCGGCAUGACUCCGGUGCGCUCAUGGAUGCAGAGCGCCGGGAUACUGGACGCCAACACGGCCGCGCAAAGCGGUGUGGGUUUGGCCCGAGCUCACUAUGAGAAGCAGCCUCCGUCAAACCUGCGCAAAUCCAACUUCUUCCACUUCGUCUUGGCACUGUACGAUCGUCAGGGACAGCCGGUGGAAAUCGAGAGGACGUCCUAUGUUGACUUUGUGGAGAAAGACAAAGAAUAUAACGGUGAGAAGACCAACAAUGGCAUCCACUACAGGUUACAGCUUCUCUACAGUAACGGAAUCAGGACAGAGCAGGACCUCUAUGUACGGUUGAUAGACUCCAUGACUAAACAGCCAAUCAUUUAUGAAGGCCAAGACAAAAACCCAGAGAUGUGCCGUGUCCUUCUUACCCACGAGAUCAUGUGCAGUCGGUGUUGCGACAAAAAGAGCUGCGGGAACCGAAACGAGACACCGUCGGAUCCAGUGAUCAUCGACAGAUUCUUCCUGAAGUUCUUCCUCAAGUGCAAUCAGAACUGCCUGAAAAACGCCGGGAACCCCAGAGACAUGAGACGCUUUCAGGUGGUGAUUUCUACUACAGUGAACGUAGACGGCCAUGUGCUGGCUGUAUCAGACAACAUGUUCGUCCACAACAACUCCAAACACGGAAGACGUGCUCGCCGCCUCGACCCAUCCGAAGCAGCCACUCCAUGCAUCAAAGCUAUAAGCCCCAGUGAGGGCUGGACGACUGGAGGAGCCACCGUCAUCAUCAUCGGAGACAACUUCUUCGAUGGACUUCAGGUCGUCUUCGGGACCAUGCUCGUCUGGAGCGAGCUCAUCACGCCCCACGCCAUCCGUGUUCAGACGCCACCCAGACACAUCCCCGGGGUCGUGGAGGUCACACUGUCUUACAAAUCCAAGCAGUUCUGCAAAGGAGCGCCGGGACGCUUCGUCUACACAGCUCUGAAUGAACCCACCAUUGAUUACGGCUUCCAGAGGUUACAGAAGGUCAUCCCACGCCACCCUGGAGACCCUGAGAGGUUACCUAAGGAGGUGCUGUUAAAGAGAGCAGCAGACCUGGUGGAAGCUCUUUAUGGAAUGCCUCAUAACAAUCAGGAAAUCAUCCUGAAGCGGGCGGCCGAUCUCACCGAGGCUCUGUACAGCGUGCCACGCAGCCAUAACCAGCUGCCGUCUCUGACCGGGUCGGGCGCGCACACGGGCAUGAUGGGAGUGAACUCCUUCAGCAGUCAGCUCGCCGUCAACAUCUCCGAGGCCACGCAGGCCGACCAGGGUUAUUCACGUAACUCCAACAGCGUGUCUCCUCGUGGCUAUGCGCCGAGCUCCACACCUCAGCAGUCCAACUACAACACCAUCACCUCCACCAUGAACGGCUACGGAGCCGCCGGCAUGACCAACCUCGGCGUGCCAGGUUCACCCAGCUUCCUCAAUGGAUCCACUGCCAACUCCCCCUACGCAAUCAAACAGAAGAGCGCCUUCGCCCCCGUCGUGCGGCCUCAGACUUCCCCGCCCCCCACCUGCACCGGCACCAAUGGGAGCAGCCUACAGGCCAUGGCCGGUCUCAUCGUCCCUCCCAUGUGAAGCAGGAGAAGUUUGUGCUCAUUGAAUAUAAAACUAAAAGCUUCUUAAGAACUCACCGACUCAAACGUCAUCUUAGUAAAUCUCCCCACAUCAUCAUCAUCAUCAUCAUUUACAGGAGGAGUGUUUUUUCCCCCCCUCACAACCUGGACAACCUGGACAAAAGUGCAUUAAAAAAGAUUAAGACUAACACAAUGCCUUUUUGUUUAAACUUUCUUUUGGAUCGAUUCCCCUUCGAUCGAUGUCUUCGGGGACUUGCUUUGCAAACAACAGCAGUCGAAGCCACAAAUGUGAAGGCAGCUUUAAGAUGAUUUCAGCACGAAGUGAAGAGUUUGGAGACGCGCAGCAGCUGUGACCCUCGGCUAAGUUCCGGACUUUUUAUUUGCAUGCGGAGCUGAUCCUGUUUAAUUUUGGUUCAUAUUCAUGAACUGUAUCAUGUACAGUAAGGAUGAAGCAGAAAUUGAAAUAAGCUUGUAAAAGAAUGAAUACAUGCGAGGGCGAGAAAUGAGGAAAGCUACAACCUCCUCCCACUUCUUAUGCUAACGUUUGAAAUUUUUCAUCAGCUCGAACGAAGUCUUGCCAACAUAAGUUUCUACUGCGUGUCCAUUUUCUACAUUGAAAUAGUAAAUAAUUUCAAGAACAAUGUUACUAACCUGAUACACGUGCACAACAGCUGGGUCAAACUCGAAGAUUUAAAGAAUCAUCAUCUUUUUAUUUUAUUAUUUUUUUAUUUCUUAUGAACGACGAGUCGAUGAGUGUGUGUAGGUACAUUAGAGUCGCAGGUGUGUGGAUCGCUAGAUUUAAACCAGGAAUGCUUUCUGCAACUUUAUUCACAUUUAGGUACCAGACAUUAUUGUUGAACUUCUUGUGAAUUUUUUUUGUAUGUAUUUAUAUAAAAAAAAGUAUGUUUGGAAAUUUCUUUGGUGAUUUAGGACUGAAAUAUAGGAUCACAUAUCUCUUGAUGUCUUAAUACCUUUUAGAUCUUGUAAAAAAAAGUGUGAAAAGUCUUUUUUUUUCUUUGUAAAAACCAAUCAAACAAACAAACAAAAAAAAAUCACGUCAGGUCACCUGCUUUAUUGAAAGCAGGAUGUACGCUUCACCACUUUUGUAAAGAAAAAAAUAUCCCUUUUUUAUUUGUAUAUUUAACUUUUUUCUUUUUGUAAACAGCAUUUUGUGUUCUCGUUUGCCCUUUUCCUUCGUCCUGUCCUGUUCUUGUGAAGAAAAAAAAAGUGUACGUUCAUCGUUCUUUCCAACUGCACUGUUUUCGUUGGGGCACUUACAAGGGCAAUGUACUAUAUUAGCGAACAAACUUAACAGGAAAAAAGCGGUUCGACUGAAAAAACAAUUCCACAAAUAUGCACCAGUAUGUUCCCACACAUCAAGUUAGUUUGUUGCUAUGGUGAUGACUGGGAUGAAUGUUUGCUCAUCACAUGGUUUGAAUGAUAUUUCUGAAAUGUUUUCAUGUGCUUAAUGUUUUAAGGUCACGUCAGGAUGCCUCGCAGUGGUGAGUUUAGAUGACUGAAUUCGGGUUUUAGGAAAAACAACAACAAAACAGCAAAACGGUAAAAUAAUCAGUUUUAGAAUUUUGUCCCACUUUGAUGGUCCAAAGUCCAAAAGUAAAUCAAAUUGUCAAAAU